AUGUCUCUUCAGAUAAACAUAUUAGAUACUAAUUAUGUUAAUGAGGAAAAUAUCAUUUAUGAAGAAGACCUUAUUUCUGAGAUUCAAUAUUCUAUGGGUUUACCUUCCGGUCUUAAUAAAACAACCUGUACUUAUCUUGGCGAUAUUGCUGUAAUUAAAAAAGAUAGAACUUGUUAUGGAGUUAAAAUGUGCGAAUUUGCAGAUUCAGAACUUCAGGAAAUGAAACAUAAGUCAGUAGAUCCAGAAUCAGAUUUAAGAUUAAAAAUGAUAACGUGA